CCUUGCAAUAUUUUGCAAUUUUUCUAUUUAAAAAAUGCAAUUUUCCGCGGGGCCAGUGGAAUACAUGUACGAAGUAUAGUUCCCUCACAAUAAUGCUACCGUCCACAAAGAAGGAGGAGAGAAAAGGACGAUGGUUGCUUGAUAGGAAACUAAUAGGAAAGAAGGAACAAACCACAGCACAGCACCAUGCCAACAAUCCACAUAAUGUGUGACUAAUAAAAAAAAAAAAAAUCUAUAAUAUAUAUAGCCGAGUCCGCUCGAGAGUUAGAGCGAACACGGUUAAUCCGAAAACAGCGGUAAACCCAGUUGGGUAAGCCGAAAGAAAGUAAAAUCCCUGAUUUAUUUUACACUCUGUUUGAGCAAUCUGUCUAAACCAAGAACUUGUUUAAAUUUAAACCGAUGAAAAUUCAGUGGUCCUGCAGAUAUCGGUGUUUAAGUUAAAGUUAAAGCCAUAGAGUUAUCUCCUUUUAAACUAUAGAGCACAUCUAUGGUUAAAGCUCAUUUCACUGUUAAAAUAACAUACAGUGUAAACCUCGGUAGCAGCUAGGCCUAGUCUGUACAUGUAAUGUACACGGCUUAAAACGUAGGCUACUACUGUUACCAUCGGCAGUAAAAUUCACUUUUUGAAGUCCCGAGUCUCAGUAUUUUUACUCUUUUUGACUAGAUCUAAUACAUGUACCGAGUAUGGUACUUGCCUUGGCUAAGACACGUUCAAAAUCUUAGGUCAGAAAGAAAACCUUUAUACAGCGAUUGUACUGUAAUAAUGUACGUGUGUGAGAACAUAAUAAUAAUAGGCUAUAAAUAAAUCAGACUCGAAUUUUCUUUAUUUUUAGUUCUAAAAAAAAUCUGAGACAUGUUCAGGUGUAUAUUGGUAAAGUAAUGGCAAUGGACUUAUAAUAUAUGUACUCGUUUUUUUGUACUCGACUUUUCGAGGCGGAACGGCAACUCUUUUGAGUUGAGCGUUUAGAAGAAGUCACAUUUCCUUCCCUCAACUUCCCUCUCUCUUCCUAUCUCCGUGUCUUCUCAGGUCGAUGACGAUAGACUGCAACAUAGGUCCACACACAAGGAUAUUUUUCCCAUGAAUGGGAUAACGUCAGAUCAGAGUUAAAGCGAAUAUUGAUAUUGAUGCAUUGAUCUUGUGUGUAUUUUUAACUUUUUCUCUCGGCUCUAAUAUGACAGUUUCUGAUUGAUAGGUUCCUCCUCUUGUUCCAAGUUUGUUUUUGCGACCAGUGAUUGCGUCGACUGCUGGCUUUUUAAAAAUCAACAAUCAACAGCGACAGCAGCAGCACUAUAGGCCUAGGUUGAUGGCAGUGACUUUGGACUUGAUUAAUACUAGAUCUAGAUCUACAAGUACUUGGCUGAGGCUGGGGCGUCUGAGAGGAGGUUAGGAUGACAAGACGGAAAUAAAAGAGGCUCAAGUGAUUCGUUACAUCAAGUAUCAAGUGCAGUAACUUGGCCUGAUUCUCGAUUCUAGUUCUAGCCUGGGCCCCGGCUGUCUGGAAAAUCUUGGUCUUGUGACUGUGUCACUGUGUCUUCUUAGAUCUUAUCAGUUUUUCAGGAUUAUUCCUUCCUGCCUUUAACUAAAGUUUUAGACUUCUAGGUUAGCCUUUGGCAGGCCUUCUACUUUGUGAACAGGAGUUGUGAUGGAUUGUAUUUCACGUAGAACUGGUUUCUCUGUGCUGGUCUUCAGGAUUCAAAAAGUAGGCCUACGCCUACUGGAGUUAGACUGAUACUGAUAUAGCCUGGCUUGGAGGAAAGGUGGACUAAAUCUAGAUCUAGAAAUCUAGAUCUAAUUGGUUGCGAAGAAGACCAAAAAAGAAAAAAAAUGAGAUGUAAUCCUGUUCUAUUUUUGCAGUUUUCUAUCAGAGUAAAGCUGAAUUGAUUUUAUAGGCUAAUUUGUAAUUCUAGAAAUUUCUGAGAGCGCAAAAAAUCAUCAAAUAUUCAACAUGCUGAAGUUGGGAAGCUUAAAUCGGGCACAUCGUAUGAUGAUCGGCAUAGUUGUGCUGUUGAUCGUUGAUGUUAUCUGGGUUGUGUCGGCAGAACUGACAGAGUACAUUUUUAAGGAUACAGACUUCAGUAAACCGUUUUUCACAACUUAUGUGAAGACUGUGAUGUUCGCAAUGUAUCUUAUUGGCUUUCUGGUAUGGAGACCGUGGAGAGUUCAAUGUUACCGCAAAAAGAUUUUCUCAGAGGAGACCACACCAAUCUCUCCUCCAGUAGAAGCAGAUGCUAUGAUUGGAUCUCCAAUCUAUGUACCUGUCAAGUAUGAACACUACGAUAGUCACACCAGUGGGGGAGAGUCCGACGAUGCCAGCAUGGUUCUUUGCUAAUUUCACGUAUCAGGAGGCCCUCAACCAGACAGAGUCGUCGGUGGUCAAUGUACUGUCCUCCACCUCAGGUCUCUUCACGCUCAUUUGUGCUGCAAUCUUCCCCAGCGGGCCCAGCGAUAAGUUUACCCUGUCGAAGCUGGUAGCUGUCCUCAUUAGCCUGGGUGGUGUGACCAUGGUGUGUCUGUCUGACAUGGACCUGGAGAAACAAACAGUCCCCGUCGGGGCCAUUUGGGCGCUGGUCAGUUCAGCUUUCUACGCCUUCUACUUGGUGCUGAUCAAGCGUAAGGUGGACAAUGAGGAAAAGAUGGACAUUCCCAUGUUUUUUGGUUUCGUGGGUCUGAUCUGUGCAGUUGUACUGUGGCCGGGCUUCUUUGUGCUGCAUUACACGGGUGCGGAGCCGUUUGUCUGGCCUAACAGAACACAAUGGCUCUUUAUCCUACUCAAUGGCGCCAUUGGCACAGUGUUGUCGGAGUUCUUAUGGCUCUUGGGCUGCUUCUUGUCGUCAUCUCUCAUAGCCACGUUGGCGCUGAGCUUGGUGAUUCCGAUGAACAUGAUUGCUGAUGGUGUCAUCAAAGGGGUGAGCUUUGAGCUGUUGUUCUACCUGGGCACCAUCCCCAUUGUCUUCGCGUUCUUCGUGAUCAGUUUUCUCACCCACUGGGAGAACUGGGACCCUGUACUGCUGGGUAUCAAGAAGUUGUUGCACUGCUUGUGUCGGAGGCGCUCUCUAGCAAGAGUGCGAGAGCUGGAUCGGGAACAGACAGCCUCUCUGAUCACAGAAGAGUCGCAUCACUGAUACUAGUCGGGGGCUGACUAGUGCCUCGUCAUCAACUCGUGACCUCCCGAACCAUUUGCGCUCAAGGAGUGUGCUAGCUUGUUAAGUGUUCUCAACACGUUCAUAUGAGUGUGUGUGGUAGCAACUAGGCUUGCAUCAGAAAGUUAUUUAUUUCCCACAAUUCCAAUAACUACAGGCAGAACAGCAGAGCACGGGUUGUUCUCAGCCAAAGCUUUUGUAGACAGAAGUAAUCAGAGCAGAUCAACAUGACGCUCAUGCUAAAAUACUCCUUGUGCCUACAUUUCAUGCAUUAAUUUAGGUCUCAUCUGCAUUUUUGCAUGUAAUAACAGCUUUGAUGCAGGAGUGCGCUUUACACAUUUGUGGGAAUUCGCCUCAUCACUGCAGGCAGAUUUGCUGGAAACCUGAUGUUUUUCUACAAAUAAAUGUGAAGAAUACUGGAUACCGGGGUUUUUUUGUUUCCUACUUGAUUUUGCGAUUUUCGUGAUUUUUCAAAGAAAUUCGCAAAUUCAAGUUGCUUACAAAAUGUUGAAAAGGGUGUUACUGUAUUGAAACACAUAAUACUACUGGGCGACUCCUAAUUGCAAAUUCCGGAUGUUUACGACAAAUGUAAUGGGCAAAAUACAAACCCCCCCGGUGUACAGUGCUUGUUUUGUGGACCCUUUGUGUGACCUAUGAAAGAAAUUCAAUGCUAUCACUUAAAGGUCUAUCUGCAUAUGUACAGAUAUAUGUUCAGGUACAAGUUUUUGUUAGACGAGCUGAUUUGAUACUACAUAUCUUCACUUGUUUUCCCAGUAAUAGUUUAAAGAUUUGAGCUUGCUUUUGGUCCGCUAGUGAAAUUGUACACAAAGUUGUAUAACAGAAAUACAUUAUGUACAAUAUCGAGUCUUAAGAAUGCAAAUUCGUCUUCUAAAGGAUAAUUGCUUAUGUUAUGAAUAGUUUGGGGACUGACCAAACAAAAUAACUUUGAAGUCUUGUUCUUCCUCCUUUACUGCUUUAAGGAUCCGUCACAUCAUAACACAAACUUUUGUUAUGUUUUGAAGAUUGAUCCUGUUAGUCUGCUAUUGCAAGUUUGUUAACCACCUGGUAAACUAUGUUUUAGAAUCACUAUUUUUUGAUCAUCUGAAAUAUUACCUGCUUGAAGGAAAUUUUUGACCUUAUCCUUAACUUAAAAAUUUUUGGCAUGGCUGUGGGGAGAUUCUUGUGUUUGAACGUUACACCAUUUAGCACUUUUAGCAAGUAUUUUCAUCAAUUUUUUGUUAAAAUGAGGUGGACUAUAGAUUAUAAGAAAGGCAGUUUUCUAACUUUUAAGGGAAAUUUUUAUUCUUGCUCUCAACUAUUUGACCUGAACUUUUGCACAGUGUCUUUCUGAAUGUAAUUGUACUUGUGCAUGCUUCUUGAGCCAUUCAAAUAUGUGACUUUUGCUUUUAAAAUCUGCUUUGAAAACGGUUUUUAUGUUUUACUGUCACUUGGCUAUCUACCCUUCCCCCAUCGCAUCCUUUCUGCCCCAGCCCGUAAGAAAAAUAUUACAAGUCAAACUAAACAAAAACACCUGUGUGUCAUGUUCACUCAUCUCAAUGCUAUAUUAUCUAUGCCGGUAUUUUCCAACCUGGACGGUAUUGCCCACUAGUCUGUGAUUUGGACAUUUUAGUGCAUUAUGCACAGCUGUGGUGAUCACGAGGGUAGUGGCUGGUAUUAUUAAAUGCCCCCCCCCCCCCCCCUUGGAAAUACACAUAGUUGGGGGCAGUAGGAACAUUUUAGCCUCUUAGAGAUGAAAAAAGAUUGGCAGUGGCUGUAAAAAUGUUGAUGAGCACUGAAUUUGACAAAAGAUGGAGCGUUCUGUAAUUAACAUUGUUGAGAUGCUGCUUAAGGCCCAUGUGAAUCAACGCAGUUGACAGUUGCUAUAGAGGUUUCCACCAAUCCCUCCGAGGACGCUCUGUCAGCUUGACUUUACCAAGGAUUUACAGAGACUUAAAUAUUUGAUUCUAUGAAUUGAUUUGUUAUAUGCUUCAUCAUUCCAUUUGUGUUUUUUUAGUGGCACUAUGCAUUAUGCAGCGAAAAGUGAUAAGAUUUGUUUAUAUAUACCACAGGUCAUAAAAGUGAAAGAUGCUUUGAAAGGUAAAACUGCUUGACUGAUUCGCGAUACGACUUAGCAUCAUUUUGAAAAAAUAGCAAGAGAAUGCAUUUUGGGUUGUGAAAAGAAUCUGACUUUUCAAAUUGUUUAGUUAUGACCUUUCAGUAUUGGUUUCCUGUUAACGUUCUGCAGCAUUUUUGAGGAGUCUCGUCCAAUCUUAUGACUCUCAAAGAGAGUGCCUGCUUUGCCUUACUACACAGCAAAACAAAGUACUCUCUUACGCCACUGUUGACUGCUUGUGGCGUGUGUGUCAGCAUGUCCUCCUUCGUGUGUGUUGUCCAGAGAAAGCAUGGCGUCACUGUACUAUCGCUAUUAUCUUGAUCAGCAACUCUUUUUCUGUGUACAGAGACAAAUGUAUGGUCAAGAAAUGUGUUAUUGAUCAUGUUACACAUGCACUCACUUUUGUGUGUUCCCGUUGCUGUGCUUAUCCCUCUCCACUCCCUCUCAUUAUGUAACGUUACUUUGACCAAAUUAUGCCUUUGUUUGCAUGACUUGGAAGACAUGUUUUCGACAUUGCGGGAAAUUGGUUUCCAUUACGACGAUACAUUUCUGUUAUUGUGUCCGUUAGACUGUUGUGAAUGGCGGUGUGAAAUUGGCUGUAUCAUUUUCAAUGCCCUCAAUGACUAUCUGGUAUCUUUGUUUUUCUUCUUUUUCUUCUGUUGCUUUAUUGUAGACUUAAACUUCUUCUACUCACUUUUUUUUAUUGAGAUCAGUAGUAUGCAUUGCUUUUGGAGUAGCUAAAUGCCACAGUUAUUAAGGGUACUCUUGCGUAAUUGCAGCAAUUAGAGUUUCUUCAUUUUUUGAAGGUAUAACUCAGAAUGUUACAGAUGCAGCUGACCUGAGCAGGCCUUCUUAAAACUUGUCUUUAUUAUCCACAAUAUGCCUACAGGACUUUUUUGUAAGUUGUUCUUGUCUGAGAAAGCAAGAUACUUGAUUACGCGCCUAUUUUUUAGUCAGAGUGAAAGUGAAUUGGAGUUUUUAAAAUUCCUAAGAUUGCUUACCAACAUGGUGUGUUUGGCUUAAAAACUUUGGCAUGCGUAGGCAAACAGCUUGCCCUCAAUCCAGCACUCCCUUUGCUUUUGAAAAACGGGUUAAACAGUUAAAAUCCUGGCAGUUAUGGAAAUAAAUAGGGAUGGAUUUUCUUUAUGAAUUAUUGCUCUCUUAGGUUUUGCUUAAUUAGUGAAGGGAAAGAAAAUAAAAUAUCUGAGCGGACUCUAGUGUGCUCAGUCUUCUUUCCUAUCAAAUAGCUAGUGUCUUAUCUCUCCUCCUUUCCUUUGUAUAUUUCUCUCUAGUAAUACAUCCAACCUUCGGCGCAAAUAUGACCUACUUGUGUUGCAAGUGCAGUAAAUCUCUUUAGAAAAACUAUGCUCAGUUUAUGUGUCGCUGAGAAAUGGUUUUGGUUAGGCAACUAUAACAUAUCUGGCUUACCUUUUUAAAAAAAAAAGAUGUUGUUAGCUUGACACAAAAUUUCUUUUACUUUUCUGAUCCGUUUGAGAUUGGUGAAGGGUGAAUGAUUCAGUACUGUUAUUGUUCUCUACUCCAGAAAAAAAAGUUUUUUUUGCUGCAGUUUAAAAGGUUCUCUUAUACAAAAGACCCAAAGUGUCUUUGAAUUAAGAGUGCACUUUCAUGGGUGCUAACUUCUAUGAGUGUGUGUAUAUUUGAUGAGGGUAUUAAUUGCACUCUGUUCUUCAUUGUCUCACUUGAGCCUAUUCCCAUGUAUUUAUGGGACAGGCCGCCGGUCCGGUAACUGAAUCCUGUGUAUUUAGAGGAUGCACUUUAUCGAUCGAUGUCUCCAGUGUAUUUCAGUUACAAUCUAUGGGAAGCAGCGAGCCAACAGUUGACGCACUUUUUUUGUUUUGGAAAAAAAUUGGUGAAGUCAUUUGCAAUACUUUUUUUUAGCCAUAACGAACUAAGUCAGUCCUCUCCCCCCAUUGCGAUAGAAGAUUUUAUUACAAAUUGGUGCAAAAAACAAAAAUUGCGUAAUGCCCAUACGUUGCCAUUUAAAAAUAUUAAUAAAAUAAAAACUGUUCAGACGAAUUAAAUGCAUCUUUUUCAGUGAGAGCAUUUCUUUCUUUCUUUUGUUGCACAUUUGUUAUUAUGAUAGCUUUCACAGUCUCUUUGCGGUUAACAAUUCAAUAUACUCUAAAAUUGUCAGGCUGUGAUGGUUGUUGGGUGAAAAAUAGCUCAGGCCCAUGUGAGUUAAUCAUGGUAUGUUUUUCUGUCUGCUCAGCAUGUCUGCCUGCUUUGUCUAUGUGGAGCUUUACAGUUUGUCUUCAGUACAGAACUGGUCCCUCUUCUAUUUUGCUGUAUGGACAUUCAGGCAGCAUUCAUAACCAGACCAGUAUUCAGUUAGUAAAGCAGGGUUACAACCCAAGGGAGAACAUUAUUUACGCUGUGGUAUGUUACUGUUUGGAUAGAUCAUCUCUUCUACCAUCAUUUAAAAAAAAGUGCAGUGUGUACAGUUUUUAUAGUUUUAAAGGAGAGCCAAAAAACUGAAUGUUGUUUCCAAGAACACAAUGUUUGCUUCAAAUAUGAUAGGAACUUAUUAUCGAAAUUGUAUUCUUAAAAAUAGUGAUUUGGGAUGUUUGCAAAGACAAUUUUUUGGCUCUCCUGUGAAAUUGCAAAAACUGCAUAUACUGUACUUUUAAAAUUGACCGUAGUGUUGCAUCAUGUUUUUAUGGGCUGUACUUACUUUUAGUAAUCGGUGCUUGUUUGUUUGAUAUUCCAUUGAAGAGAGGAAUCACAGUUGCUGGUAAUCAUUUUAUGUUAAACAAAUUCAAAGACUCAAAAGCAGAUGUAGUUAACUCACUCAAUCCCAUGACGGUCACUCAAUCCCAUGACGGAGAUAUCUCGGCUAGCUCCCGGGCUGCAUUCAAUCCCUCGACCGGGAUAACUCGGUUCUAUAAUUUUGUUCCGUAUACUAGUUAUUUCAUUUCGUAAAACGGCCUCAAGUUUUAUAUAAGGUCAAUAUAUUAUUUCCCCGGUCAAGUCUACCUCCCCUCGGUCUGUUUUGUGUUUGUUACUCUCUUAUAACACCUCUAAUCUUCGGCACUUAUAUGACCUUAUUGUGUUGCAAGUGCCGUAAAACUCUUACUAAAACUAAAAUAAUUCUGCCUAGAGGGGUACUGGGAGGUUUUUUUUCUACUGUCAUUACACACAGAGAAAUCGCGUUUUUAUAAAAGAAAUUUCUGCUCUUUUGUUCACACUGAUCAACUGAGCAUGUCUCGCAAUCGAUUCUCUCUGCCUUUCUCACGCACAUUAAAAAAAAAAUUUUGAAAGUAUUCUACGGACUUUAUUGUACAUGACAUACAAUAUAUAGAUCUAGAAACUCACAAGCAUAUUUGAAUAACAAUGUAGUAAUGUAGGCUUGCUCUUUCUCAUUCGGCCAUGAAAAAAAAUUAUAAGCUCCCAAAAUACAACCUCCCAAAGCAAAACUUCUAAAGCUCCAUACUUCAAAUUUGGUAUGUUGAAAGAUCCAUCCUAGCUUGUACUUUGUGCCAAAUUUCAAAGCCAAUGGAUUAUAUUUAUGGUUACUAGUGGGCCCUUACACAGGUGCCAAAAUGACCGGUUUCUGGGUACAAUUUCGGGAAUAACUCUGGGAAUUGAGUGAGUUAAUUGUCUUUGAAAUAGCGAAUGCAUCAUAAUCCAGCAAUGGAAAUGUUUUUUUUUGGUGCUUUUUUGUGUUUUUUUCUUCUCAUGAAUAUUGUUCUCUUUAUGUGUGUGUCUGCCAUUCUGUAACUGACAUUUAUUUUUGUCUUUGAUAGCAGAGGGUGUUGACACUUCCAUAGCCAGAAUGUUUUUAUCCCUGUUACCCAACUUCUUUAUUUAAACAGAAGCUAUAAAUUUUACAGGGCAGAUAUUGACAUGGUUUGCUAGUUGAUCACGGACAAUAGAAUGAUCGCUAUGGUUUUUAUGUUUUUGAGGGGAAAGUUUUGGUGAUGUAGUUUACUCCACCUUUCUCUUGCAACUUGCAUUAGCCUUUUGGAAUGUAAGUUCACCUCUUUAUGUAUGUAUUCGUUGAUUAUUUUCGUCUGAGUAACUUCCAAUUAAAUCUAACAAAGAAAUGUCUUACUACUCUUCAACACCUGUUAGAAAUGUGUUCGCUAUAAUGAAAAGACAGAACAUUACAUAGUUGUAUUUGCAUUUUAUUGUAGUGUCUUGCUGAAACAUUUAUCAUUUUGGCUGUGAUAUGUACCUCUUUUAGACAAAGCAUAAAAGUUUUAUAAUAUUGAGUAUUGAUACCCAGAUCAAUACACUGGUUUCUCUGAGUAUAUGAGAAGGCCACACAGACUACCCUGUACUUUGUACGGACUACGCUUUCCAUUUUGUGCUUUCUUUCUUUUAUUUUGCUGAGGUAGUGAGUGUGAGCUUUUUCCUGAGAAUAGCGGCCAAGAAAGUUUUUCUGUUUUCAAAAAUGCUUUUUAUGGAAUACAAGAAAGCUGCAUUUUAUAAAGAAAUAAAGUUUACAAGCCAGCUAGACUCACUUUUGGUCUUCUCAUAGGCCAAGCUUUCUUUUUUAUGCAGAUUUCAUGUUACUGGACUGGGAGGAAAUGUUAUUUUAAGAAAGACGAGAAAAUAAAUUGAAUCACACUUGGGUUUGAAUCUUGGACUUCCACCUCAGGCUGCUCGAGUCUGUGUUUUAAUAUGCCCUGGUAGCAGGCUGUGCUUCUGCAGGAUGACAACAGGAGAAAUUUUUAACGGUCACUUUAUUGGCAGGAGUGGACAUUAUUAGCAAGUUUUUUAAAAAUGUAUCAGUAUUUCUGCAAAUUUAGUCAUUAAUUGUAUUUAACACCUUCGGGACCGGUCCCUCACCAGCUGAUCCUAUCCCCAGGGCCGGAGCCGCCGCCCACAUCCCUUGUAAAUACUCGUUUUGAAGACAUUUUUUCACUUUUAAUCUACUCAAACUGGCUUCAGCUUUGGUGAAUACAAAAGGGAAAGAACUCUUUUAUGCUUGAACUAGCUGUCGGAGAACAUGGAUAAUUUUGAGUAAACCUGGACUGGCUUGAAUGAGUGGUAUUGCCAUCGUGUAAAUACAUGUCAGUGGUCCGAUUUGGUCAGGUGCAGUUCGUGUAUAAAUACAUCGCUGGUCCCAAAGGUGUUAAAGAGUAAGCCCGUGAUGUAUAGAAUUGUCCCAAUGGUAGAGCAGUUCAUUUACAAGAUUUUUUUCUGAGCCCUUGUCGAUAUACUAAAUUGUUUCUAGGUAUGCUGCUGUUUUGCGAGAAGUAAAAGUUUCAGCAAUGUAAAUGAGGUGUACUGUCCUCCACUUUGUUAUUGUCUGUCUCCCCUCGUUUUUACGAUUAUGUUCUCAUAUAUCAGGUUUCAUUGGGAACUCUUAUGUCUCUCUAGACUUUAAAAAAAUUUUAAAACCAAAGAAAUUUAUGUUUUAAACAGAAAUUCCUAUUGAAUUACAAUGUAAUGUAUAUGUUGACAUACACGUAUCAGCUGAGGUUAUUUCCAUUUGUGUCUUAUAGCCAAUGGAUCUAUUGAAAGUCCUCUUUCUUAAGUUUGUUCUGUCUGAAUUAUGAAUGUCUCUUUUUUAUACAUAAUCUGGAGGGCGCAGAGAGAGAGAGAGAGAGAGAGAGAGAGAGAGAGAGAGAAGGACAUGGGUGGAGAAGGACAUGGGUGGAGAAAGGGAUGGACAGAUGGAUAGACAGACGGACAAACAGAGAGACAGGCAGACUGACAGACAGACAGACUGACAGACAGACAGACAGACAGACAGACAGACAGACAAACAGUUUAAAUUUAGUGUCUCCUGAUGGCUGAUUGAUUGUCUCGAUUGACUAAAAGGCAAUUCCAUUAAAAAUGGAUGUACAGGAUUCUAUCUGAAGCAACGCUUGUUCCUUAUGAAAUGUUUUGUUUAGCACUGGUUGAUUACUAAUGUUGAUUUAUGCUGCUUACUUUGAAGCCACACCGUUGUCUGGAAUGAUAUCAUAAAUUUUAUUUAUCUCGUAUAUAAUGUUUGAUUCAGUAAUUAUUUAUUGUGCUGAUGCUGGUGUGAUAUGUGAUUGUUUUUAAGUUGAAAUUAUUUUAUUGUGACAAAUUUUUAUUUGGACUUGCAAUUAUUUUGCUUUCUGUACAUGAAAUUAUGUUGUGAUUUAUGGAGUCUAUUCUUAUAAUAUAGACAUGGGAUUUUUGAAACCACACUCAUUGUUUAGACAUUAAAAAAUGAACAAAAAAC